ACAGCUUCCACAGUCAGCAGCUGCCCGGAGCGCACAGAUACAUACGGCGAAACUUUCCCUCCCGUCCGCGGUGUCUUUCACGGUCCCGCUGCUCUGUUUGCUGUUAACUCGCUCAGUUCGGCGACUGAAGGUGAGUAGAGAGCACACGCGCCGUUACGCGCGGAAGGAGUUCGGGAAAACGGAAAGAAAGAGACAAGAGACGAGGGAAUCUACCGAGCUGACUUUCCUCCGCGAGACAAGAGAAGUUGCGUUUGGAGUUGGAAGAACGAGUGUGAGUGUGUGCGUGUGACCGAGAGAGGGUCAGUGUGUGUUCGGGGGUACUUCGGUGUAGUCUGGCUACCCGAAACUUGUCCCUCAGUCUCGGCUUCCCUACCCCCAUAGCCCGAUCCCCGGCGGAGAGACCACGGGCGGAGAGACCACGGGCGGAGAGACCACGGGCGGAGAGACCACGGGCGGAGACGCGCUUUCCUGUGGACCCUGGAGAAAGACUAGGUGGAGUUUCGGUUGGAAUUUUCCCUUCGUUAGCCUUUGACUUCGUUUUUGGAGCGCGCUGUUUGGUUCGACGGUUGAUCACGGAGUAAUUUGAUCCUUCAGCCUCCGAGUGAAAAAAACCCCCAGAUUGAAUUCGGACCCGAAGUUUCGUUCGAUGUAGUUGGUCGCGAGGCCCCAGUGACUGUGUUCUCCUGACCGAUGUGGCUCGUGCAGCUGGGGAACAGCGGGCCUAGCUGACACCGUCCCCCGGAUACCCGUACCCGUACCUGGGAACCCCUGGUCCGUGACCGACCAGAGCUCGAGAUUACCGGGGGCUGCCAUGGAAAGAACUGUGCUGUGGCUCGUGCUGACCGUGGUUCUAUCCCCGUGCGGGGCGGAAGAAGAGGUGGUGAUGAACACCAAACUGAUGACAUCAGACCUGCAAUGGACUGUCUACCCUAGCACCGACCCACAGUGGGAGGAGGUGAGUGGUCUGGACGACGAGGGCAGCACCGUGAGGACCUAUCAGCUCUGUCCUGCAGACAGCGCCAGCUCUCAUUGGCUGCGGAGUCGCUGGAUCCCUGUGCGGGGCGCGGCGGUGCUGUACGUGGAGGUCCGCUUCACCAUGAUGGAAUGUUCCGGGCUGGGCUACGCUCCCUGCAAGGAGACCUUCAACCUCUACAGCUACCAGAGUGACUCUGAUGACGCCACACUUACACACCCCGCAUGGAUGGAGAACCCCUGGACCAAGGUCGACACGGUAGCGGCUGACUUCCUGCUGCGGCGCGGCGGUGAGCGGCGCUCCAACGUGAAGACGCUGCGUGUGUCUCCUGUGUCGCGGGCAGGACUCUACCUCUCCUUCCAGGCCCAGCACAGCUGCAUGGCCCUGCUGGCUGUCCGCGCCUUCAUCAAGAAGUGCCCCGCCCUCACCCUCGCCUUCUCCCGCUUCCCCGAGACACUGCCGCGCGGCCUGGUGGACGAGGCGCCAGGGGUGUGUGUGGAGAACGCAGCCACGCCCCCCGGGGAGCACGCCCGGCCUCCCAGCAUGCUCUGCGGCGAGGACGGGAGGUGGGUGGGGCAGCCAACCACGAACUGCGCCUGUCGCGCCGGUUACGAAGCCGCGGACACGGACCUGAGGUGUAGAGUUGGGGUCAGGGUUCGGGAGAUGUGGUUAUGUCCGACCAAUAGUAACACGCUUGUCCCUGGCUCCGCCUAUUGCCCCUGUCGCCCUGGUUACUACCGAGCAGACUCGGCACAACACAGCGCCUGCACCCGGUCCCCCUCCCCCCCACGCUCCCUGGUCUCCCAGAUCAACGACACCGUGGUAACGCUGGAGUGGAGCGAGCCAAUGGAGCGUGGGGGGCGGAGUGACCUCACCUACGACAUCUCCUGCUUGCGCUGUGCCAGCCAAUCAGCUUGCUCUCCUUUGAAGGGAGUGGCCUACCGCCCCGCCCAAUCGGGGCUCAGACAGCGACGAGUGGUGAUCUGGGGACUCCUCCCACACACCACCUACACAUUCACAGUGCAAUCACUGAACGGCGUCUCCCGGCUCAGCCAAUCAGAGCCCUCGGCUGAGAGAGUAAACAUCACCACCAGCCGAGACGUCCCAGCUCCUGUUUCAGGCAUCAGAAGGAUCAAGGCCACAGAGAGCAGUCUGUCUCUGGAAUGGAACACUCCCACCAACACACACUACCCAGUCCACUACCAGCUACGCUACUGCCCUGAGCAGGGCCCAGGGCAGGGGCAGUGGAGGUAUCUCAGUGCUGCCUCUAGCAGUGUGGACGUGUCUGGGCUGCAGCGAGGGACCCAGUACCAGGUCCAGGUCCGGGCCAGGACCAUGGCUGGAUACGGCAACUUCAGCCCAGCAAGCAACUUCCACACCCUGCCUGAUGGUGAGGCAAGCCCCAGGCUUCUCUUAGGCCUCCUGGAGCCUGCAAACAUGUUGAUGUUGUUGUUGAUGGAUGUUGUUGUUGUCCAGAAGGCGAGGCCGCUCACACCUCAUAGUAACUGGAGUCCUGGUCGCCAUGGGGAUACUGCUUCUCAUCGCCGUGGUGAUCUUUGCUGGAUACUGUUACCGGAAGCGAUUGAGAUUAAAGAAUUUGGAGGCAGAUGAUAAGAAUGGCCAGUAUCUGAUGGGACAGACGAUGAAGGUGUAUAUUGACCCGUUCACCUACGAGGACCCUAACGAGGCUGUGAGAGAGUUCAACCAGGGAGAUUAACACCUCCUUCGUCAAGAUAGAGGAGGUGAUAGGAGCAGGUCAGU